GGGACACCUUAAGAAGACCGGUGAGAGGGAGGAGACACAGGACCAUAGGGAGGGUGUUAGAGUCCCCAGGUGCAGAAGUCUGUUUCUAUAGUUUCAGCUCGAAGCAGCCUGUGGCUACCGAUUAGCAUUUCAGAUGGCAGGGACAGCACGCCAUGACCGUGAGAUGGCAAUCCAAUCCAAGAAAAAGCUCUCUACGGCUACUGAUCCUAUUGAAAGACUUCGAUUGCAAUGCCUAGCCAGGGGCUCUGCAGGCAUCAAAGGUCUUGGCAGAGUGUUUCGGAUCAUGGAUGACAAUAACAACCGAACCCUUGAUUUCAAAGAAUUUUUGAAAGGGUUAAAUGAUUAUGCUGUGGUCAUGGAAAAAGAAGAGGUGGAGGAGCUUUUCCGGAGAUUUGACAGAGAUGGAAACGGGACCAUAGACUUCAAUGAGUUUCUUCUCACAUUACGACCCCCAAUGUCCAGAGCCAGAAAAGAGGUAAUCAUGAAAGCUUUUAGGAAGUUAGACAAAACUGGAGAUGGUGUUAUAACCAUUGAAGACCUUCGAGAAGUUUAUAAUGCUAAACACCAUCCAAAGUAUCAAAAUGGGGAAUGGACGGAGGAACAAGUCUUCCGGAAAUUUCUGGACAACUUUGAUUCACCAUAUGACAAAGAUGGGUUGGUGACCCCUGAGGAGUUCAUGAACUACUAUGCAGGCGUGAGUGCAUCCAUUGACACAGAUGUGUUCUUCAUCAUCAUGAUGACAACUGCCUGGAAGCUCUAAAUGCCUGACCCUGGGAACCAGGCUGUGGAGAUGGCCAUGUGACUCCAAAUGAUUAGCCCUCAACUAAAAAACUCAGAGUGAUGCUUUAUUUAAUCUUCAUUGUACAGCUUCUUCUUUGUCCCAGGGUAUUUUCUAGGAUUGAUCUAAGGGCAGAAAUAAAGUCACUAAGUAAUUAACUGUG